AUGAUGGCGGUUACGGUUACAGUUGCGGCGGAUGAGGAAGUUUAUAGAGAAAGAGAGAAGAAGUUGGAUAGAAACAGAGAGGAGGACUUCACCGGAGAGAAGCCAAGUUUGAAUUUAUAA